AUGCCAUUUUUGAGGAUUGUGAGACUUCUCCUACCAGGGAUCAGGGUCUUGAUUAGAAGAUCGUUAGGUUUGCUACUAUCUCUCCUUAUGGCUUUUGGUGGAUAUAUGUACAGAGGUUGUUUUGGAUGCUGCAAUAAACCACCGCUUAUAGUUGCAGUGGAUGAGCCGUCUAAAGGGUUAAGGAUUCAAGGUCGGUUAGUGAAGAAACCAAGCGUAUCAGACGAUUUCUGGAGCACAAGCACCUGCGAGAUGGAUAACAGCACACUUCCGUCACAGAGAAGCAUGUCUUCUAUCAGCUUCACUAACAACACUGCUACUUCCGCAAGUACAAGCAACCCCACCGAAUUUGUAAACCACGGAUUGAUUCUGUGGAACCAAACUAGGCAACAGUGGCUUGCAAAUGGAACUUCUCAAACAAAGCCCAAACUUCGAGAACCGACAAUAAGCUGGAAUGCAACAUAUGAGAGCUUGUUGGGUAUGAACAAGCGGUUUUCUCGUCCAAUACCUCUUCCUGAAAUGGUGGAUUUUCUUGUGGAUGUGUGGGAGCAAGAGGGCUUGUAUGAUUGA